AUGGCGUCUAAGACUCUCCUUGUGUUUGCUCUCCUGCUUGCCGCGGCUUUCCUCGCCUCCUCCGCGGCCGAACAAACCCGUGAGCUACCGGAGAAGGAAGAGACCAAGGCCGACGUACAGGGCUACGGCGGAGGCGGUUACCCUGGCCACGGUGGAGGUGGCGGCUACCCGGGCCAUGGCGGAGGCGGUGGCUACCCGGGUCAUGGAGGCGGUGGCUACCCAGGCCAUGGUGGAGGCGGCGGCUACCCAGGCCAUGGCGGAGGCGGCGGUUACCCGGGUCAUGGAGGCGGCGGCGGCUACCCAGGUCACGGAGGCGGUGGCUACCCAGGCCAUGGAGGCGGCGGCGGCUGUCACUGGGGCUGCUGCGGUCACGGGUACCAUGGUGGCUGCCGCUGCUGCGCCCACGCCGACGAGGUCCCGGAGCCCAUGUACCGGGCGGAGGUCCGCAACUGA